AUGCAAAAUGAUCCUCGAAUAUCGGUGAAACAAAAAUCAUUUGUUCCAAAUUAUGGUCCUGGAAAUUCUUUGUAUUCCACAGCUGAAUCUUUAAUUGCACAAAAUAUUGAAAGUUAUUUUCGUAUUAUUCCAACUCGACUAAAUUCUACAACAGAUUCGAUUGAUAAAUUAACAUUAAAUACAAAUGAACGUAAAACUGUUCAAUAUCUUCGUCCAACAUCAUUUGAAUAA